GCUGUUUAAAGGGGAAGCACCUUUUGUCUGCGCCCGUCCCUUUUCCAGCCCGUGGCUGCGGGAGAGGUAAGUCGGAGGAGCCCAAAGGUCCCUGUGGCUCUCCCGUAGCAGAGCAGCGUCCCCUUUAUGUACACGGCUGGAUAAUGCCCGUCGCACACGUGAGUGGGCACGUGUGCAGGGGUUGGGAGUGUCAGGCGGAGCAAGUCCCUGCGCAUUUUACUGAAGAGUAAUCCCACUUCAACCCAGCGGGCUUCAUUUCAAAGCAGGUAUGCCUGUGGUUUUCGGUGGGAGGGAACAACCCCCUGUGCAUUUUACUGAGAAGUAAGCCCACUUUAUUAAGUAGGGUGCAUUUCCAUAUGAAGGUGUAUAAUCUUGCAGUCUCGCGUAUUUAUUCAGGAUCAAUCCCACAACUCGGUGGGGGCUUUACUUCCAAGUAGACACAGAUAGAACCAUAGAAUUAGUAGAGUUGGAAGGGACCUUUGAGGAUCAUCUAGUCCAGCCCCCUGCAGUGCAGGAAUAUACAGCUGUCCCUUGUGGGGAUCAAGCCUGCAACCUCCGUGUCAUCAGCACCACGCUGUAACCAACUGAGCUCUCUGGUGAAUGAGAUCAGUACAGUUUAUUGGCACACUUUAUUACAAUUGGGAAAGAUUGAGGGCACAAGGAGAAGGGGACGGCAGAGGACAAGAUGGUUUGACAGUGUUCUCAAAGCUGUGAACAUGAGUUUGACCAAACUGCAGGAGGCAGUGGAAGACAGGAGUGCCUGGCGUGCUCUGAUCCAUGGGGUCACGAAGAGUCGGACACGACUAAACGACUAAACAACAACAACAAUUAUAAUCAGGGUGGCCAAAUGCUAAGGAGAACAGGCUUCUUUAAUAGUUGUACAGAAGGAAUUUCAGCAUGUGAAGUGUCUUGGGCUUUUUUCGGGGGGGGGGCGUGCAGUGGGGUAGGAAGUCAGAGAAAGGAGGCUCCCCCCUGUUGAACAAUUGUGGGUUUGAACUAUUUAAGAUCAUUUGUUGUUGUUUUUUUGCACAGCACUGAAAAACAGCAUCAAAACAUUGCAAUCCAGAAUAUUUAUACAUGGGUGAUAGGUAACGUUAGUUAGAGUUGAAAACAAUUGAUUUAUUUAGGGCGUUGAUUUUAAUGGCUUGACAUUAUAUAUCGCUGAUAAUGAGGAGGAUUAAAUGUGAACAAUUUCUCUUCCCAGUAUGUUUUGACAUAAGCCUGGCUAUGACUGCAUUAUGUACAGACUAACUUGGGAGUAUGUGCCACAAUCCUAUCCAUGUCUCUUCAGAUGUGAAUCCCAUUGAACAAGAGGAGACUAGAGAGAGCUAAAUAAGUGGUUUACAGAAUUUUUUUAUUUCACACACAAACUAGACAGUAAUCUCCCCAUAUUUGGCAGCUUUUAAAACUUGGAACUUAUGAAAUCCAGUUUAAGGGCCUCCAUAGCUAGCUCCCUUGGUAUAGCUGAGAGAGAAGAGCAAAAUAGGAGUCUAAUUACUAACCUUAUAAUCAGGAUUGUGCAUCGUAGUAACCAAAGAGCUCUAAUGAUAGGAUUUCCUGUCUUUUUUAUUAUGAUUGUGAAUCUUGUGCUUACUUUACAUUUUUUGUACAAUAUAAUAUGCUAUUUGUAUUGUAUUGUAUUAAUUUGUUGCUUUGGUGAGGAGUGAAGGAAGAGAGUGGCUUUGGUGAGGAUGGCUAGUGGACAAAUUAAGUGAGCAGGGGACAGAGUCUCAUAUUUGCUUCAUUACAUGCUUUAUUUUGUAGCUCAGUUAACAUUAUCAUCAAUCAUCAUGUUUCAGGCAUGAUUCACACUGUCUCCUCUCUUCCUUCCAUCAGAUAAUGGAGAUGUGAAGAAUAAUCUCAAGGUAGAAAUGUCUGAACAACAGAAACAGAUUGAGAUAUUGGUGAAACCACUGGACGAGAACAUGUCUCAGUGCCAUGUCAAGGCAGAAGCUGCUGAACAGCAACAUGGAUUGUCAAGCCAACAGGGGAAGCCCAUGGGGUUGGGAGUGGAUGAGUCCACCCUGGGUGAGGAAAGCUUCAAGGACCAAAGCGAAAUCUCAGCCCAGGGAGAGAUGGAAAAAGACAAGGGACUAGUAAUUUUAGAAGAAGAGAAGAAUGCAAACCUCAUUACUUGUGGGAGGAACCUUACGGCAGUGAAAUUGUAUGGAUGCUCAGACGGUGGAAACUCCUCCUGUAUGACCUCUGAAAAUCAAUGGGAUCAUACUGCAAGGGAGGAAAUAUACACAUCUUUGGACUUUGGGGACUCCUUUGGUAUGGAUGCUGGCUUUAUCAAGCAUUGUGGAACCCACACAGGAGACAAAACGUUUCAAUGCUCGGACUGUGGGAAGAGCUGUGAAACAAAAACCCAGUUGCUUGCGCAUAUGAAGAUGCACACAGGGGGAAACCCACUUAGAUGCACCAUCUGUGGGAAGAGCUUCUCUCAGAACAGAGACCUCUCUACUAAUGAGAGAAUCCACACAAAAGACAAAAUGUUUAUGUGCUCAGAAUGCAAUAAAUCCUUCCCCAACAACACUGAAUUUGGACGUCCCCAACCCCAGAAAGGGGAGGAACCAUAUAAAUGUUUGGACUGUGGAAGAUCCUUCACUCUGAACUCUGACUUUCGUAAACAUCACAGAACCCACACGGGAGGGAAACCACAUAAAUGCCCAGACUGUGGCAAGACUUUUGAUAAGAAAUUUAAGCUAGUGACGCAUGUGAGAAUCCAUACUGGGGAGAAACCUUUUAAGUGUUUGGACUGUGGGAAAAGCUUUGCUCAGAAGGGGAACCUUGUGGUUCAUGAGAGAAGCCAUACUGGCGAGAAACCAUACAAGUGCUUGGAUUGCGAGAAGUCCUUCAGUGUGAAUGCAGACCUUAUUAGACAUCACAGAAUACACACAGGGGAAAAGCCAUUCAAAUGCCCAGAGUGUGGGAAAUUCUUCAGGACACACUCUGAAAUGUUCAGACAUCAGAGAACUCACCCAGGAAACAAACCAUACGACUGCUGGGACUGUGGCAAAACCUUUAGUCAGGAAGCCCACCUCGUGGCACACCUGAGAAUCCACACUGGGGAGAAGCCCUACAAAUGCCCAGACUGUCGGCAAAGCUUUGCCCAGAAAGGGAACCUUAUUCUUCAUCAGAGGACCCACAUGGAAGAGAAGCCGUAUAAAUGCUUGGACUGUGAGAAAUCCUUCCGUGCAAAAUCUAAGCUCAUAGAGCAUCAGAGGCUUCACACCGGGGAGACGCCCUAUGAUUGCUCAGACUGCGGUAAAAGCUUCAGCCGGAAAGGGAGCCUCCUUGCCCACAUGCACUUCCAUUCCGGGAAGAAGCCAUAUGAAUGCUCCAUUUGUGGGAAAUCCUUCAUUAUGAACUCUGAUCUCCUUAGACAUCAGAGAACUCACACAGGAGAGAAACCGUACAAGUGCUCAGAUUGCGAUAAAAGCUUUAGUCGGAAAGACGGCCUGCUCAAACACCUGGUGAUCCAUUCUGGGACAGAAUUGCACAUUCAGGAAAAGCCAUACGAAUGCUUGCACUGUGGCAGGAGUUACAAUUACAAACAGAACCUCAUUGUGCAUAGGAGAACUCACACUGGAGAAAAGAGAUUUAAAUGCACAGACUGCGGUAAAACCUUCAACACAAACUCUGAACUUACCAAACAUCGGAGAAUGCACACGGGGGAGAAGCCGUACAAGUGCUCUGAUUGUGGGAAAAGCUUCGCCCAGAGGGGAGGCCUGGUUGCCCACAAGAGGACUCACACGGGAGAGAAGCCGUACAAAUGCACCGUUUGUGGGAAAUGUUUUAGUCUGAGCUCUUGCCUGAUUAGACACCAGCAAAUCCACACAGGGGAGAAACCCUAUCAGUGCCUAGACUGCGGACAGUGCUUUACUCACAAAAGGAACCUUGUCAAACACGCUGCCAGCCACCAAGAAGAAAAACCAUAUAACUGCUCAGAAUGUGGGAAAAGUUUUGGGAUAAGUUAUCACCUCGUUCAGCACCAGCAAAUCCACUCAGGAGAGAAACCGUAUAAAUGCUUGGAAUGUGGGCAGAGUUUCACUCGCAAGAGAAACCUUGUGGUACAUGUGAGAAGCCACACGUCAGAGAAGCUCCACAAAUGCCCAGGCUGUGGGAAAAGUUUCCCUCACAAAAAUAAUCUUGUCGAGCAUAUGGGAAUGCAUGCAAGGGAGAAACCGCAGGAGUGCCCAGAAUGUGGGGAAAGUUUCACUGAUCUCCUUGUUCUUAUUAAGCACAGAAGAAUCCACACAGAGACAGCCUUGGAGGAGUCUUCCUAUUGGGAGAAGAUACUCUGUUGAAACGUGCAUGAUCUUUUACUGCAUAUUAGAGAAAUUAUACUGUAGGAGAUGCUUAGACUCAAGAAGGCCGUUAGGAAGUGUGAAAUCGGAACCAGUGAGGGUGGUGAAUGUCCUGCGUGAGUGUCUGGAGGAGGAUGGAGGAGGGAUGGUGGUUGAUAGGUUGAGGCUGAAUCCCAACGAGAUAGAAGUACUGUUUCUGGGGGCCAGGGAGCAGGCAGAUGUGACAGACACCCUGGUCCUGAAUGGGGUAACUCUGCCCCUAAAGGACCAGGUGGCCAGCCUGGGGGUCAUUUGGUCUCAAAACUGCUCAUGGAGGCACAGGUAAAUUCUGUGUUCAGGGCAGCUGUCUACCAGCUCCAUCUGGUACCCUGGCUGAGACGCUACCUGCUCGCCAACUGUCUUGCCAAAGUGGUAUGUGCUUUGAUUAUCUUCCGCUUGGACUACUGCAAUGUGCUGUACGUGGGGCUACCUUUGAAGGUGACUCAGAAACUACAUGUAAUCCAGAAUGUGGACUGGUGUCUGGGAGCAGCCACUGGGAACAUAUAGCACUGGUUCUAAAGAAGAAGAAGAGUUUGGAUUUGAUAUCCCGCUUUAUCACUACCCGAUGGAGUCUCAAAGCGGCUAACAUUCUCCUUUCCCUUCCUCCCCCACAACAAACACUCUGUGAGGUGAGUGGGGCUGAGAGACUUCAGAGAAGUGUGACUAGCCCAAGGUCACCCAGCAGCUGCAUGUGGAGGAGCGGAGACGCGAACCCGGUUCCCCAGAUUACAAGUCUACCGCUCUUAACCACUACACCACACUGGCUCUACGUGGUCUCCCAGUAUGUUUCUGAGCACAGUUUAAAGUGUUGGUGUUGACCUUCCAAGUCCUAAGCAGCUUCUGCCCUGUAUACCUGAAGGAAUAUUCCAUCCCCAUCAUCCAGCCUGUAAACUGAGGUCCAGUACGGAGGGUCUUCUGGUGGUUCCCUCUCUGUGAGAAGUAAAGUUACAGGGAACCAGGCAAAGGGCCUUUUUUUGUAGUGACUGGACCGCCCUCCCAUCAGAUGUCAAUGAAAUACACAGCUAUAUGACAUUCAGAAGGCACCUGAAGGCAGCCUUAUAUAGGGGAUGCCUUUACUGUUUGAUGUUUUACUGUGUUUUUAUAUUCUGUUGGAAACUGCCCAGAGUGGAUGGGGCAACCCAGUCAGAUGGGCAAUGUACAAAUAAUAAAAUUAUUAUUAUUAUUA